AUGGCGCUGGCGUGCGUGAGAAGUCAGGCAUCCAAUGGCGUGCACCAGCCGCUGGUGAAGGCACCAGAGAGGAAGCCACUGGAUCGCAAGUGGCUGGAGGACUCGGAGAGCGAAGACUUGCACUUCUCCCGCGAGAGCAGUGUCUCCAGCGAGCGAGAGCGGCCGGCGCCUGCGCCGCCUGCGCCGGCACCAGCAGCGGCGCAAGUGGCGCCAGCUGCACGCCGCAGCAGGACUGGGUCACCAUUUCGCAGUGCUCUGCUGAGACAGAGGAGGAGCGACGCCACGGACCUCAAACCUUCAGGCUAUCCGGCUCAGCCGGCUCAGCCGGACUUGUAUUUCUCUGCAGGCGAGCCGCCGCAUGCGACGGAGGCGCCGGACGAGGCGCUGAACUUGCUGAAAGCCCUCCAACGGCAGCAGGAGGAGCAGCUCAUGGCAGCGGAGAAGGCAUCACUCUCCUCCGGCCAGCCGCGGAGUUCCUUCCGCGAGCGCACGCCCGGAGGAGGCGUGUCCAGGUUCCUCAGGUCUGGCUCGCGGUCACACUCGGAGGCUCGGGAGGCCAAGCAAAGCCCGGGUUUUGUGGCGCGACCAGCGCAGGCAGUGCCCGCGCGGCGCCUCUACCGAGUAACCACGAGGGGCCUCGGCAUUCGCGCAGGAGACCUUCGGUGGAUGGCCCCCGCACGGGCGCGCUGCUGCGGAGGGGCGACAUCUUUGAAGCCUCCGUGGUGGCACCAGGCGUGGACGGGCGUAUCUACCUCAAGCUGGCUGGAUGGCGUGGCUGGGCAUUCGACGACUCCGCGGUAG